AUGGCGCCCGACGGAUACGUUUCCGACGCGGACUACAGCUCGUCUGCUGCCAGUGAUAGAUCAUCGGCUCCCCCAUCCGGCCAACACGACGAUAGACACACGUCUAGCAGCCCAGAGUCCGCUGGCAAGGGGCCUAGCGCAGGGAAGACGCAUAAAAUCACCCAGGGAGCCGCAGCCUCCUCCAAAACCGCCCAGACUAGCCAAGAGGAGGGUGAGACUUUCAAGGCAAAGAGUACUGCCACCAAAAAUAACAGCGCCAACGGCGACCAAAAGCAACACAAAAAGAAGCGCGUGGAAACGUACAGCUCUUACCUAUACAAAGGCGCGCUAUCAAUCGUACCCCAGGUUUUAAACUUCCUCUGA